AUGGCUGCGAAAGGAAAUGAAAAGUAUUGUUUCAGGCCAAGUGAACCCCAGAGGUUGAGGUUACGUAUCAACCAUGGGGGUAGAUUUAUCUUCUUCCCUGUCAAGUUGUAUGUUGAGGGUCUAGUUUAUGAGAUGGAUUCAGCGUUUGAUGUUGAUUUUGCAAACUAUAAAGACUUUAGAGCAGAAGUGCUACAUCUUGGGUAUGCCAACUUCAAGUGUUUGUGGUACCAGCAUCCAAAGCUAUCAUUUCAGACUGGACUUAAGGCUCUAAACACUGAUGGUGACGUCUUAGAGUUAAUUUCAGAUGCAAAAGGAUAUAAUGUAGUAGACAUUUUUGUUGAACAUGUAGUUGAUAUUCCUGAUAUAGUUGAUGAUGAAGGGCCAAUGGGGGAUGAUAUUAGGGAUGAAGAAGAAGUGGUUAGGGAAAAAGUAGUUAAUGAGGAAGGGGUUAGGGAUGAAGUAGUUAAUGCGGAAGGGGUUAGGGAUGAAGCUGUUCAUGAGGAAGGGGUUAGGGAUGAAGCUGUUCAUAAGAAUGAAGGGGAUAGGGAUGAAGCUGUUCAUGAGAAUGGAGGGGAUAGGGUUGCUGAUAAUCAGGAUGGUUAUGUUAGUGAAGAAGAUGAGGACUAUGUUGCAAGUGAUGAAGAAAGUGAAGAUGACUCUUAUAUAGAUGUUGGUGGGGAAGAACGGGAUUGGACAAGUGAAAUACCUGUUGGGGGUGGAAGCAUGAAUGAAACACAAACUGGUGAUGAAGAGUCUUACCAAGAUGAAAGUGACUUACACACUCCUGUUGAGAGUGAUGAUGAAAUUGUUAAGAAAAGGAAUUUUCCUACUUUCAAAGUUCCUGAAAAUGAUGAACCUGUUAGGUUUGAAAUUGGUAUGCAGUUUGCUUCAAAGGAAAUAGUCAUGGAUGCUGUCAGGGAUCACGCUAUGGAAACAAAGAAAAAUUUAUGGUUCUACAAAAAUGAUGCUAUUAGGGUUGUUGUGAAAUGUCAAACAAAAUAUCCAUAUCAUAUGUUGGUUGCUAAAAGGAGUGCAACAAAGAAGUUCAUACCUUUGAUUAGACACACCCCUCAUAUCAAACCUAGUGGAUUGGCUGAUGAGGCAUUCCAGAGGUGGAAUGUUAAACUCAAUCAUUUUCAAGCAUAUAGGGCAAAGAAGAGAGCAUUAGAGUUGAUAGAAGGUGCAAGUAGUGAGCAAUAUGCACACUUAAGGAGCUAUGCUGAAGAGUUGAGAAGGUCUAAUCCUAACAGUACAGUCAUAAUCAAAUGUGGGACAUCUGAAAUAGGUCUUGUCUUUGAAAGGAUUUAUAUUUGCCUAGAGGCUUGUAAGGCUGCUUUUGCUCAUACUUGUAGACCAUUAAUUGGAUUAGAUGCUUGCUUCUUGAAAGGAGAACAUGGUGGUCAGUUAAUAGCAGCUGUAGGUAAGGAUGGAAACAACCAAAUGAUACCUAUUGCCUAUGCUGUGGUGGAAUCCGAAACAAGAGAUUCUUGGAAGUGGUUUGUUGAACUACUAUUGGAAGAUCUUAAUCAACUUAUCCCUAGGCAAUAUUCAUUUAUUUCUGACCAACAAAAGGGACUUGUGGAGGUAAUUAAAGGGCUAGGUGAUAAUGUGGAACAUAGGUUGUGUGUGAAGCAUCUCUAUGGUAAUUGGAAGAAAAGAUUCCCAGGUGGUGAUAUGAAGGAACUACUGUGGGUAGCUGCAAGAGCAACAACUGUACCAGACUGGAACCAUGCUAUGGAGAGAAUGAAAAUGAAAAAUGCAGAUGCUUACACUGAAAUGGCUAAGGUUCAACCACAACAAUGGACAAGAUCAACUUUUAGAACUUACACUCAAUGUGAUCUGCAGGUCAACAAUAUGUGUGAAGCAUUCAACAGGGCAAUUCUUGAAAUUAGGGAAAAACCAAUAAUUUCUUUACUUGAAGGUAUUAAGCAUUAUAUAACUGUUAGGAUUGUGAAGCAAAGAAAAAUGCUGGAAAGGCACAAUGGUGAUAUUUGUCCUAAUGUUCAAAGAAGGAUUGAAGGCUACAAAAGGAAGGCAGGGGGUGGAAGGUUACAUGGCAUGAAGACACAAUGUCUGGGCACAUACUCCCACAUUGUGCUACCCUCAAAUGGACCAAGACUAUGGCCAAUGACAAAUACUGAGUACAUCAAUCCACCCCUAAUGAGAAGGGCACCAGGAAGGCCAAAAAAGUUAAGGAACAAAUCCAAUGAUGAGCAAAGGAAACCUGGUGUGCUGCCAAGACAACUGAAGACAGUCAAAUGCAAAAAAUGUCACAAGUAUGGACAUAACACAAGGACAUGUAAGGGAAAAAGUGUUGCUGACAGGCAGAUUCCUAAGGGAGGAAACAAGCAGAAGACAACAGGCAAGGCUAGCUCUAGUGGACAGCAGAAAAACAAGAAACAGAAAACAAGUGCUACUGAAGUUGAGGUGGUUGUUUCUCAGGGAUCACAGGCUCCACAACCAUCUCAAAAUUAG